AUGAGCACGUCAAGUCGACGCUCUUCCACCUCCCACUCGAACUCGCAAUCUCGACGAACGGUACAUGGACCAGGACCAUGGCGCUCCCCCUCCACCUCGUCGCUAUUCCGCGGAUCCAACGGCGGCCGUGGUAGUCCAAUCUCGGUUGGGAAAGGGGCGCCUUCAGUUGGUAGUACCGCAGCGCCCUCACUCGGUACAGCAGCGCCUUCAGUCGGGGUAGCGGUACCCAUUACAGCGACGGCGGAACUCUCGAUGGUCACGGCUCAACCAGAGAUUUCGGUCAACAACUCGGAUUCGAGGAGUAUACGGAGUGCCAGGGGGAGUAUAUUCAGUGGGAACGGGGAUAGUGCAAGUGGGAGUGCAAGUAGGAAUGGGAGUACGAGUGCGAGAGAGAGCGUAGAGAGGGUGGUUAGGAGGAGUGCGUCGAAUCUUAGUCGGGUUAGCGUUCACAGUCACGGUCAUGGUAGUGCGAACGGCUAUGGCUAUGGAGGGUCUAGAAACGGGACCGGCAGUGCGAGCAGGAGUACGAGCAGAACAGGCAGUGGUCGAGUCUCGGACACACUCCGCCGUGACCGACCGUCAACCGCCUACCUGAAAGAUCGCGAAGCUAUCGAGAAGCUAGAGGAGAGGUUGGAGAGUCUUACCGGUGACCAACAUCUCACGGCUGCGGAACGCGUGAUUCAGGAGACGUUAGAGGAUGCAGCUACAGCUGCCCGUCCAUAUCAUCAUCAUCAUCAGGGCCAGCAAUACGAUUCCGGCUUCGACUCGCCUGCGUCUGCUCCGCCGGAUCUACAGCGACAGGAGGUACCUACGAUGUCUUCAGACAGCACGGCGACGGGCUCUGGGAUUACGACUCCUACCACGACUGCGACUACCACCGCGACUACGCCCACGUCAGACAAAGAGGACAUACACAAGGAGGCCAAGGAAGCUAUAACCAGUGCGUCAUCGGACGCAGUGAAGAUGGGUACAGAGGCAAUCACGAGCUUGGACCACGCGGCGGCGGGAUCAUCAUCAUCAAUGGCGACCACGUCGACGGCAUCCUUGCCGCAAGCUUUGGCUUCUUCUUCCACGACGACGACGACGACGACGACGGCGACGGCAGCUCCUUCAUCAUCCACAGAGGGAGUCUCGGCAACACCCACAUCGCUGGCUACACCUGCGAGUGCGACAUCAGCAUCAGCCCCUGCGCCUUCAUCGACGUCUACCAGACCCAAGUCCUCCUCGUGGUUCGCUUCGUUUGGUCGGUCGAAAGGGAGGAGUGCGAAGAUGGAUUUCGAUUCGGUGGAUAGCUCUCGUUCUAGUCAUAAUGGUAGUGGCAGUGGUAGUGGAGGUAGUGGAGGUGGGGACCGGGUGGAAGGACCGCAGCGUGCGCAGUCGUCUUCAACAUCGACGACGUACCAGAAACCCAGUGCUUCGACAUCGACGGUGUACCAGAAGCCAAGCGUAGCGAAGGACGAAGGCGAGGAUGAGGAAGAUUAUCCGCCUAUGAUCUCCAUCACGGAUGCGUUCCCUGCUCCCCAGCAGAUCGUGUCCCCUGUUGAGGCGUCGUUUGGGGCCCCGCCUGCACCCACGUCAGCGUCGACACCAGUCUCCCAGUCGUCACCGGCACCUUCCACAGAGCCAAGGGCUGUGCACUCGUCACCAGCACCAACCUCGACGCACUCACCAUCAGCACCAACCUCGACGCACCCACCAUCAGUACCACCACCAGCACCAGAACCGACGCGCUCGCCACCAGCCCAAGCGACGAGAUCCGCACCGGUGAGAACCCCACCACCGAAGAAGAGGUCGUGGUUCUACUCUUCAACGCCGAGCUCUAGUUCGAACUCGUCGACGCCGAGUGUGGGGUCUCCGUUGGCGAGGGUUGUUUAUUCUUCUUCUUCUACCGGGGGCGUCUCCUCUGAGGAUGUUAUCGAUGGUAUUGGAGCGAAUGAAGGUUCGGGUGGAAGGGAUGGGGGUGUGAGUUUGUGUAUGGACGUGAAUGAGGGUACGGGCGGGGGCGGGGGCAGUGUGAGCGGCGCAGCGCUGGUCGACGCGUUGGAGGACCUAUCUGCUUCGGUGGCUACUAUCGUUCCUACACGGCCUACCGUCGACGAGACCGCUAUUCCAUCGAUUUCGACGUCGGCUUUGGUUGCGACUACGGCGGAAGAUGCGACCACGGAUGCUACUACGGCGGGAGGUACGAACGCGACGACUACGACGGCGGUGACUAUGGUGGAUACGAUGACGACGGCGACUAUGGCGGAUACUAUGACGGCGACGGCGACUAUGGCGGAUACGGCGGAAGAUACGAGCACGAGUAGCAAGAUGUCCAUCCACAUUCCACCUCCGUCUGAGAACUUCCCCUCGGCACUCCCUUCGAGUAUUGAUGACAGAGUUCCGUCUUUGCCUUCGACACCUGCUGGAGGCCCUGUUACAAUUGCUGGGGGUGCGACUACGACUACUGGUGGUGGAGGGUUGUUUGGGUUGGUGGUGCCGUAUUUUGGAGGGGGGAGGAGAGAGUGGGGGUGUGACUGGGAAGGAGAAAGAGAAGGAGGAGGGGAAGGAUGGUGA